AUGGAAGCUGCCCGCCUUCUGCUCGCCCUGGCAUUGCUCUCAGGCAGCCUCAAGCCAAGCCGAAGCCUUGAGGAGGGGAUCAGCUCCCAAGAGGCAGAGGAGCCUGACGGCUACCCUGAGAGACUCUUCAGCUGGAUGGUGAGUGGCCUUCGACGAGACGGCGGCCUAGAGGGCAGGGGAGGGUGCCAAGCGAACUUCGAUGCUGCUUAGUCAGUUAUUGCAGGGUGGUGGGCAUGUUCACAGACACCACACAAACACACACACACACACACUUUUUUAUCCUCCUCCCACAGCCCUGUGAGGUCAGCUGGGCUGAGAGAGCAUAACAGACCCAGAGUCCCACAGUGAACAAGCCUGGGUUUAAAAUCCCCAAUCCGCUCAUUGUGUGGCUUGAGUGAGGAUUUGAACCUGACUCUACCCUAUGGGGAUGCAGGUGGUGCUGUGGGUUAAACCACAGAGCCUAGGGCUUGCCGAUCAGCAGGUCAGCGGUUCGAAUCCCCGCGACGGGGUGAGCUCCCGUUGCUCUGUCCCUGCUCCUGCCAACCUAGCAGUUCAAAAGCACGUCAAAGUGCAAGUAGAUAAAUAGGUACCGCUCCGGCGGGAAGGUAAACGGCGUUUCCGUGCGCUGCUCUGGCCACAUGACUCGGAAGGUGUACGCCGGCUCCCUCGGUCAAUAAAGCGAGAUGAGCACAGUAACCCCAGAGUUGGUCACGACUGGACCUAAUGGUCAGGGGUCCCUUUACCUACCCUGUCCUAGUCCAGCACGCUAACCAUUAUGCCACAGGAACUUGUGGAGGUGUUUUGGGUCCUCUACCCAAUUAAGAGAGGGAGAAAAGUUUGGCCAAGCCGGAAGCCAUUGCUGCCUCCAGAAAGUCAGUAUAACAUAAGCCCAGAGUGGGAUUGGCAAAUGAGGACCUUUUCCUCCUUCCUUCCUUCCUUCCUUCCUUCCUUCCUUCCUUCCUUCCUCUUCCUUUCUUUCUUUCUUUCUUUCUUUCUUUCUUUCUUUCUUUCCCAGAUGCUUGCUGAGAUCCAGGCAGUUGCACCCCCCCAGGAGAGGGUGGCAUCAUUGCAAUCUGUGGGGCUCUAAGACUGGUGGAGCUUGGGAUCAACUCCUCCUCAGCCACAAACUCACUAGGUGGCCUUGAGCAAGCCAUACUAUCUAGUCCUUUCUAGCUGCAAAAUGGGCAUAAUAGUGCGUGCCUACCAUGCAGUGCUGUUGUAAAAGAUGCCUGUGAAGGUAUGCAAAGUGCUUUGCAUUAUUAAGAUGUUAACCCGAGCUCCUCCUGGGUUUUAUUUAGGGCUGGGUAUAUACCCUGUGACAACAACAUAGCUCUAGCAUACGCAAGGCACAAGAAUCCUAGAAUCUCCCUUUCCUUUCCUUUCCUUUCCUUUCCUUUUUAAAAGCAAGUUUCUAAACACGGAAGUGUGAGUGUGAAUCCCAGAAAGCCAAAAGCAUAAGGUGAUCAGUCAGAGUUCCUGGUGGUCCACAGGUACCCUGCAUAGCUGCUUACUCUCCCCAUGCAGAGAAAAUGAAAUUAUGUGUAAGAAGCAAAUAUGCACAGAUAUUCACACAAUUUUCAGAGCAUGUUAAGCCUGUGUUGAAGCGAAACCAACAAUGCGUCUUCCUGGCACCUUUAAACAUAAAGAGUUGUAUCCAGUGCUAUUCAGAGUCGAUGUACUGAAAUUAAUAAACGUGACUAACUUGGGUCCAUUUAUUCCAGUGCGUCUACUCUAAGUGAAACUUGUUGGAGACAACCCAGACAAAUGGCAUAAGCUUUAGUGGACUAGAGACCAUUCCACCAAAUGGAGCUUAUGUCAUAAUAAAGGUGUCACAAGACUCUGUUGGAUUUUGCCAAUAUUCACAAUUUGUGUAAGGCAAUCCCCAGAAAUUCAGCUGAUUUUGGUGUACAAAGUGUGUGUUGUGUGUGUGUGUGUGUGUGUGUGUGUGUGUGUGUGUGUGUGUGUGUGUGUGUGUGUGUGUGUGUGAAAUUGCAAGAAAUAUAAUUGGCUUGACAUUAUGUUGGGUGGAUAGAGCUGACUGCUGUUCAAUAUUUACCAUCAUUACGCAACUGUGAGGAGCCAGCCAGCUCAGUCUGUACAGCAUGAGACUCGUAAUCUCAAGGUUGUGGGUUCAAAUCCCACAUUGAAGAAAAGGGUUUCCACAUUGCAGGGAGUUGCACUAAAUCAGUGCUGGAUUUACGUAUAAGCUAAACAAGCUAUAGCUUAGGGCCCCACUCUCUUGGGGGCCCCCAGAAAAUUUAAUUGUAUUUCAGUUCAACAAUUACUUUGAUAAAAUACAUAUUUUGCUAUGUGCAAAUGGCUUUAGAUACCUGUUAGGUCCAUAAGUUACCAUAUAGUAUAUAUUCAACACAAAAAAACAGCGACAAUUCGUUGUUGACAAACGACAGCUGGACAUAUAAAGGGCCCCAUUACCUCCAGUAGCUUAAGGGUCUCAUCAAACCUAAAUCCGACCCUGGACUAAAUGACCCCCAUGGACCCUUCCACCUCUACAAUUCUGUGAUUCUUUGAUUCUAUGAAUAAUGCGAUGCCUUUGCUGUUUUCCCUGGUCCUCAAGCUACUUCCUGGUCUUGCAGGGAACUCGUCUCUUGUUGAAUUUCUCAAAUGACCCCGACUUUUUAUUUGUCCACCCAGCUGCAAGAAAAUGAGGACCAUCCUGUCCAGAUUCCCCCUGAGGAGCAUCCCCUGGGCGUCCUUCUCCGCUCCCUCCUUCAUGCUGUGCAGAGACCUGGUCGCAGCCCCUCCUUCCUGUUCCAGCCCCAAAGGUAAGGAGUGUGGGGGUCGAUGCAGCCAGGCAGAAGCACGUAUUCUGGCUACACUAGGGGGAGCACAAGUGAAUGGAGGGGGCGGUUCAUUUAAUUUCCCCCUUCCUUUUUAAAGCUCCAUUUGUGCUAAUUUUCCAGUUCUUGGAAUUACAUCUGUUGUUUCAUUUUGGCCAUGGACUGGGAUGGGAGACCCAGAGCCAGUGUGGUGUAGUGGUUAAGAGUGGUAAACUCGUAAUCUGGGGAACCGGGUUCGCGUCUCCGCUCCUCCACGUGCAGCUGCUGGGUGACCUUGGGCCAGUCACACUUCUCUGAAGUCUCUCAGCCCCACUCACCUCACAGAGUGUUUGUUGUGGGGGAGGAAGGGAAAGGAGAAUGUUAGCCGCUUUGAGACUCCUUCGGGUAGUGAUAAAGCGGGAUAUCAAAUCCAAACUCCUCAAGUCAUCUCCUGACAAUGGUUUGAGUAUUUUCCAUCCGAAUAGUAUUUGAAGGCGUUCUAGAUUCUCCAAGGCCUCACAAUUCCCACAGAUCAGGCAUAAAAAGGUGAAGGUAAAGGGACCCCUGACCAUUAGGUCCAGUCGUGACCGACUCGGGAGUUGUGGUGCUCAUCUCGCUUUAUUGGCCGAGGGAGCCGGCAUACAGCUUCCAGGUCAUGUGGCCAGCAUGACUAAGCCGCUUCUGGCAAACCAGAGCAGUGCACGGAAACGCCGUUUACCUUCCCACCAGAGCAGUACCAAUUUAUCUACUUGCACUUUGACGUGCUUUCAAACUGCUAGGUUGGCAGGAGCAGGGACCGAGCAACGGGAGCUCACCCCAUCACGGGGAUUCGAACUGCCGACCUUCUGAUCGGUAAGUCCUAGGCUCUGUGGUUUAACCCACAGAGCCACCCGCGUCCCCAGAUCAGGCAUAGGCUCCCCCAUUUAAGAGUAAAUUUUUAAAAGACAAACACAGCAUCCUUGCUAUCUAAAUGACCAUUCCCACCUGUCAGUUUCACGGGUCUUUCUUAGACCCUUCAUCCCUACGACCUUUUUUCUGCAGCUGCUCGGAUCACCCAUUGCAAAAGCUGUGCUUGCAAUGCCCCUAAAAACUGAACCGUUUUUCAAUCGUUCCCUUGUCUUGUGUUCAAAUCCCCACCCAUCAAUUCCUGCAGCAACAAUAAGGGGACUCUGGUUCGUUUCAGUAGUUCUGGAUGAUGCAAUUCUGUUCUCCUGGGGACAGGGACGGCGGGGGAAAGCAAAGCACUAUUCCAAGACACCUAGCUGCACAGCUUUGCUUCCUUUUCACCAUCCGUCUGACAGAAGUGAUGACCUGCAGGACAAAGAGGCCAGGGAGCUACAAGUGCUGUGUUUUUGAGUGCCAAAAAUGUUCCCCAGGCAACCUGCUUUGUGCUGCUUUCCAUCUCUGUCUCCACCCCCAUCGUUCUGCCCGGACACUGAGGUCCAGCGCCGAGGGCCUUCUGGUGGUUCCCUCGCUGCGAGAAGCCAAGUUACAGGGAACCAGGCAGAGGGCCUUCUUGGUAGUGGCACCCGCCCUGUGGAAAGCCCUCCCACCAGAUGUCAAAGAGAACUACCAGACUUUUAGAAGACAUCUGAAGGCAGUCCUGUUUAGGGAAGCUUUUAAUGUUUAACAGACCACUGUAUUUUAAUAUUUUGUUGGUAGCCGCCCAGAGUGGCUGGAGAAACCCAGCCAGAUGGACAGGGUAUAAAUAAUAAAUUAUUAUUAUUAUUUCUGCAGAUUUGGCCGUGAGGCCCGGGCCAGCUCCAGCAGCGGUGGCCUAAUCAAGCCACGGGCUUGGGACGCCGUGGCUCCUCAGUUUCUGAGCAUGGCUGUUCCACAGCGCUUUGGCAAGAAGAAAUGA